GGCGGGGCGGGCAGAGCCGCAGGAUGCGCCCGAAGGAGCCGCGGUCGCUCCGCCCGUAGCAGCACCGAGUCCGGCCCGGCGCGGCCUGCACUGACCGGAGACGCUGCCCAGCGCCCCGGGGCUCCCCGUGCUCGGUGACCGGGGGGGCGGGCCCCGGGGCCUGGGGGGGAAACGGCUGCUCUACGAACGGGGGGAGCCAGCGGGGCUGAGCGGCCAUGAGGUGAGCGGAGAGCGGAGCCCAGCACAGAGCAGCCCCGAGGGACGGACAGAGCGCAGCCAUGGCAUCUGAAGAGGCCUCGCUCCGGGCUUUGGAGAGUUUGAUGACAGAGUUCUUCCACAAUUGCACAACAAACGAGAGGAAGCGGGAGAUAGAGGAGCUUCUAAAUAAUUUCGCCCAGCAAAUUGGAGCCUGGAGGUUCUGCCUCUAUUUCCUGUCAAGCACAAGGAAUGACUACGUGAUGAUGUACAGUCUGACUGUGUUUGAGAACCUAAUCAAUAAGAUGUGGCUUGGGGUCCCAUCUCAAGAUAAAAUGGAGAUCCGCAGCUGCCUGCCCAAGCUCCUGCUAGCUCAGCACAAAACUCUGCCUUACUUCAUCAGGAACAAACUCUGCAAAGUCAUUGUGGAUAUUGGCCGACAGGACUGGCCGAUGUUCUACCACGACUUUUUCACUAACAUCUUACAGUUGAUUCAGUCUCCUGUGACCACUCCUCUGGGACUGAUCAUGUUGAAAACAACCUCGGAAGAAUUGGCGUGUCCACGCGAGGAUCUGAGCGUAGCCCGCAAGGAAGAGCUACGUAAGCUGCUGCUGGACCAGGUGCAAACUGUGCUUGGACUCCUCACAGGUAUUUUGGAAAGCAUCUGGGACAAACACAGUGUUACUGCUGCCACUCCACCACCAUCCCCAACUUCAGGAGAAAGUGGUGACCUGCUGAGCAGCCUGUUGCAGAGUCCCAGCGCAGCCAAAUUACUGAACCAGCCAAUCCCCAUCCUUGACACGGACAGUGAAUACAUCUGCUCCCUGGCGCUGGAGUGUCUGGCCCAUCUCUUCAGCUGGAUCCCUCUGUCCACCAGCAUCACCCCCUCGCUCCUCACCACCAUCUUCCACUUUGCCCGCUUUGGCUGUGACACACGUGUCAGGAAGAUGUCAUCGGUCAAUGGCAGCAGCCAGAAUGUGGGGCUGGGAGCAGAACGGGGCCGGCUGGGCGUCUUGGCCAUGUCCUGCAUCAAUGAACUGAUGUCCAAGAACUGUGUGCCUAUGGAGUUUGAGGAGUAUUUGUUACGGAUGUUCCAGCAGACUUUCUACCUCCUGCAGAAGAUUACUAAGGAGAAUAACGCCCAUACGGUGAAGAGCCGGCUGGAGGAACUGGAUGAAAGCUACAUUGAGAAGUUUACGGAUUUCCUUCGUCUCUUUGUGAGCGUCCAUCUACGAAGAAUUGAAUCCUACUCCCAGUUCCCCGUGGUUGAGUUUCUGGCACUGUUGUUCAAAUACACUUUUCAUCAGCCUACCCACGAAGGUUACUUCUCUUGCUUAGACAUCUGGACGCUCUUCUUGGACUACCUGACCAGCAAAAUUAAGAGCCGUCUGGCUGACAAAGAAGCAGUGCUCAACAGGUACGAAGACGCCUUGGUUCUGUUGCUGACAGAGGUGUUGAAUCGAAUCCAGUUCAGGUAUAACCAGGCACAGCUGGAGGAGCUGGAUGACGAGACACUGGAUGAUGAUCAGCAAACUGAGUGGCAGCGGUACUUGCGCCAAAGUUUGGAAGUGGUUGCAAAAGUCAUGGAGCUCUUGCCAACUCAUGCCUUCUCCACACUAUUUCCAGUUCUGCAGGAUAACCUGGAAGUUUAUCUGGGACUCCAGCAGUUUGUGGUCACAUCAGGGACAGGUCACAGACUGAACAUCACUGCAGAGAAUGACUGCCGUCGUUUGCACUGCUCCCUGAGGGACCUGAGCUCCUUGCUGCAGGCUGUUGGGCGUUUAGCAGAGUACUUCAUUGGGGAUAUGUUUGCUGCCAGGUUUAAUGAUGCUCUCACGGUGGUAGAGAGGUUGGUGAAAGUAACGCUGUAUGGAUCCCAGAUUAAACUGUACAACAUUGAAACUGCAGUACCAUCUGUAUUGAAACCCGACCUUAUUGAUGUCCACGCUCAGUCCCUGGCUGCACUGCAAGCCUACUCACACUGGCUGGCACAGUUCUACAGUGAAGUGCAUCGGCAGAACCCGGAGCAGUUCAUCUCUCUUGUCUCCACAGCUCUGGAGGCCAUCACACCCCUCAUCAGUUCAAAGGUGCAGGAGAAGUUGCUGCUGUCUGCGUGCCACCUGCUGGUCUCCUUAGCCACUACGGUGCGACCGGUGUUCCUGAUCAGCAUCCCUGCAGUGCAGAAGGUGUUCAACAGAAUCACAGACACUUCUGCCCAGCGGCUUCCUGAUAAGGCCCAGGUGCUGGUGUGCAGAGCGCUAUCAAAUGUAUUGUUGCUACCUUGGCCAAAUCUUCCGGAGAGUGAGCAGCAGUGGGCGGUUCGCUCCACCAACCACACCAGCCUCAUCUCUGCCCUCACCAGGGACUAUCGCCAAUUGAAAUCCAAUGCUAUAUUGCCACAGAGGAAAGUGCAGAUGGAGGACACCAAAGUGAUCAUCCAUCAGACGCUCAGCGUUUUAGAAGAUAUUGUAGAAAGUAUCUCUGGAGAAUCCACCAAAUCUCGGCAGAUCUGUUAUCAGUCGCUGCAAGAAUCCGUGCAGGUCUCACUAGCCCUCUUCCCAGCUUUCAUUCAUCAGUCAGAUGUGACGGAUGAGAUGCUGAGCUUCUUCCUCACUUUGUUUCAAGGACUGAGAGUGCAGAUGGGAGUGCCUUUCACUGAGCAGAUCAUACAGACUUUCCUAAAUAUGUUCACCAGAGAGCAGCUGGCAGAGAGCAUCCUCCAUGAGGGCAGCACUGGCUGUCGGGUGGUGGAGAAGUUUCUGAAAAUUCUGCAAGUGGUGGUGCAGGAACCAGGCCAAGUAUUCAAGCCUUUUCUACCCAGUGUCAUUUCACUGUGCAUGGAGCAGGUGUACCCCAUCAUUGCGGAGCGCUCAUCUCCUGAUGUGAAAGCAGAGCUGUUCGAGCUGCUUUUCAGAGUCCUCCAUCACAACUGGCGGUACUUCUUCAAAUCCAGUGUUCUGGCCAGUGUCCAGAGGGGAGUGGCAGAAGAGCAGAUGGAGAAUGAAGCACAGUUCAGUGCCAUCAUGCAGGCAUUUGGUCAGUCCUUCCUGCAGCCCGACAUUCACCUGUUCAAGCAAAAUCUCUUCUACCUGGAGACACUGAACACCAAGCAGAAGCUGUACCACAAGAAGAUCUUUCGGACAACCAUGCUGUUCCAGUUUGUGAACGUGCUGCUCCAGGUGCUCGUCCACAAAUCCCACGACCUGCUGCAGGAGGAGAUUGGCAUUGCCACCUACAACAUGGCCUCGGUGGACUUUGAUGGCUUCUACUCAGCCUUCCUCCCUGAGUUCCUGGCCAGCUGUGACGGUGUGGACUCCAACCAGAAAAAUGUGCUGGGAAGGAAUUUCAAAAUGGACAGGGACCUGCCAUCGUUUACCCAGAACGUGCACAGACUGGUGAAUGACCUGCGUUACUACAGACUUUGCAAUGACAGUUUGCCCCCCGGAACUGUGAAACUAUAGUUACUGCACUGGACUCGUGUUCUGAUCACUGUAGGGAACAGAUCCACGUCUCGUUUUUGCCACCACCUUCUCUCCUGGCUGCUUUGUCAGCACUGCGGGUGGGCACAUCUGUUUGGAUUCAUGCACCACGCUUCCUUCUCUCCCAUCCCAAAGGCCGCAGCUGGCUCGGUGCUGGCUGCAGGAUGUGUCUCAGCUCCUAUAUGCGGGGCAUGGCACCUUGCCGGGCUUUGUUCCACCUGCAGAGCACCCAGAGAUGUCAAUGGAGCCGUCUUGAGAGACCUUGUGUGUCCCAAUGGUGAGGCAGGAGCGCCAAAGACUGCUUCAGCCAAUUGAACCUUCAUGUCAUUCCUGCCCCCUCCCCUGCCCAGCUGUGGGAGGAGGAGGAGGGGUCUGUGAUGUGAUGUCGGAACUGUCUGGGCACUUCUGUCACUCCCUUUGUUUUUUAAAUUGCCUUGAAAACCUCCCUGCUGUCAGCGCGGGGAUCAGAGACUUCUUCGGGGGUUUGUUUUGAUUUAAUUUUGUUUUUUAAGACGUUUUCUCAUCAUUCCAUUGUGAUACUAAACCAACGUGCUUCAUGGAAAUAAAGUGCUUACUUCGUUGUUUUAAAGAA